AUGGCACGAAAAGCCAAGAAUGUGGUAGACGAAGAAGAGAGCAUCGAACUCGAAGAACCUCCCACAUCAAUCAAUCCAUACGAGGUCCUUGGUCUCGAGAAGACAGCGACAGCAGACAAUGUCAAGUCGGCCUACCGCAAAGCCGCGCUCAAGCAUCAUCCAGACAAGGCUGCAGAGAGCGACAAGGCCGCAGCACAUCUCAAAUUCCAGGAAAUCGCUCUGGCAUACGCUAUUCUGUCAGAUGAGCGGAGAAGGAAGCGAUAUGACACUACUGGGAACACCUCUGAGUCCCUCGACCUCGAAGACGAUGACUUCAAUUGGACUGACUUCUUCCGAGAGCAGUCUGCGGCCAUGGUAGAUGGAGCGAUGAUUGACAAGAUCAAAAAGGAUUAUCAGGGAUCGGAAGAGGAGCGGGAUGAUAUUCUGCAGGCAUAUGAGGAAGCGGAAGGUGAUAUGGAUGCUAUCUACGAACAAGUCAUGUGCAGCAGCGUGCUGGACGAUGACGAACGAUUUCGGCAUAUUAUCGACGAGGCAAUCAAGGACAAGACCGUUCAGGCGUACAAGGCAUACACCAAGGAAUCGAAAGCGAGCAGGAAGCAGCGCGUUGCGAAAGCCAGGGCAGAGGAAGGCGAGGCGAUGGAGUUGGCGGAGGAGCUUGGGGUCAAAGACAAGUUGUUCGGCGAUGGCAGCAAGAAAAAGGGCAACGACGAGGAUGCACUCAAAGCGCUCAUUCAGCAGCGUGGCCAGAGCAGGUCUGACAACUUUCUCGCCAACCUUGAGGCCAAAUAUGGCGGCGGUGGAAAGAAGAGCAAGCGAAAGGAGUCCGACGAGCCGCCGGAAGAGUUGUUUGCAAAGAAUGCAAAGAAGCCUAAAGCCAAGCGUUGA